UUUCGGAUACAAACUACAUCACCACAGUUAGACAAUUUCUAAGUUUUUAAACUAAGGAUAUUGAGAUUUGAAUAAGCUAUGAUUGGGGCAGAAAUAGGCAGCCUAUAGCGUUUGGUAUCAAUGAUCAUCAACUAAAAAUCAAUCAAUGAUCAACUGUUGUCAAGGGAGUAGAUGUUAAAAUAUUAUUAAUAUGAUGUUCAAAUCUAUCAUGCGUUGUUCAAUGAACAUUAUAUUAAAUAAUAAAAUUCGCUAUAUUUCUUAUAUUCAAGGCCAAAGUCCAGAGCCUAACAGUCGUGAAUAUUUUUAUUUUAUUGACCAUCAGGGAAUGCUAUUUUUAGACGAUGCAAAAAUAAAGAAUUUUACAUCGUGUUUCAAAGAUAAAAAGUUUUUGCAAUUCUUUUUCAAACGAUUGAAAGUAAAUGAUACUGGAAAAUAUGAAUUAGAUUUUCCAUAUUACUCGCCAUGUGGAAGGGAGAAGAAUUUCGUAAGAUGUGAUGAUCUCCCAAUAGUAUUUACUCACAUUAUACAAGAAUCAACCAGUGACGUGCCUAUGCCUUAUUUGUCAUAUGGUCAUGCAGGAGAGCUACUUAAAAUCAAAUUUCAACCAGAAAAGAUUGCCAUGCUUCCAGAAAAUGGCAGAGUAUAUCAUCCUGGGCCAGAAUCAAUUGGUGGUGUAGGCCUUAUAAAAUCUUCUCUGGCUGCACAACUAAGUUCUGGCUUCAUUUAUGCAAACAAUGGAUCUUCAGAUGAUUUGCCACUUUCUCUUUCUUGGCUCAGUAAAAAAUAUGAUCUAACAAAUGAGAUUUUACCCAAGCUUUACAAACUACAAGGGAAAAUUUAGAACUUUAUUUGUAUAUAUAUAUAUUGUUGAUAUUGCUAAAAAUUUCUUAUUAUUUUCGUCAAUAAAUGUUUUUUUAAAAG